AUGUACCAUCGGUGGGGAAAUUCCGUCGGAUGCGUUCCACGAAAAAUCCAGCCGCAGCUGCAUCAACGCCGGGCUGAUGCGCUUGAACCCUCUAAAUACAUUGAAAGAAAGAAAUCGCUUGUGGAAGAGAUGCUGGCUGAGGUAGAACAGAUAGAUGAACGUGACAAAAGUAAUGUGCCCGAGCAGUAUGACCUGGUCAACAAAACCCCAGGAUGGAGGCACGUCACAGUGAGCUGGAUUUGCGAGGUCAAUCUGUUCCAGUACAUGGACACGCAUGGUCGUGGUCUGAGGAUCGCAUUCGCAGAAGCCGAAUGGCUCUCGGCUGUAAAAAAGCUGAAGAAGAGCAGAAUUUUCAAUGCAAAGCAGACAUGCGGCAAUUUGUACGACCACCUCGAUUUUCUCAGCGACAAGGCUGAGAAGUGGUGGAUGGACCUUGCCGUCACAUGCCGCAAGUGCUGA